AUGUGGCCCACCUGUCAGGAAGCUCAAGCAUGUGGCCCACCUGUCAGGAAGCUCCAGGAGGUCGUGCUUCUGCUCGGACCGUCGUCAGCGUCGGAGACGGUGAGAAGCCGGGAGCCCGUCGCCGCCGCCGUCGCCGGCCUGCUGCCCCGCGGCUGCGCGGCUCCGCCUGCUGCCCCUCCAACACGGCGAACGGCGGCUUCCUCCUCCUGCCCCCGCGGCCCCUCGCCGCCACUGCCGCGCCCGCCUGCUGGCCCUCUGAUCGGAGCGGGCAAGGGCGCCACCGUCGCCGCGUCAUCGUUCCUCUCCCCCGCGCUCGUCGCCAAGCUCCACCGCUUCAACCUCGCGUCCGUGCAGGUGGCGCGCGGCAAGGCCGACGCUGCCUCGGCCGCAGCCGCCUCGGCACCCGCCGUGCUCCCGCGCAUCGCGGCGAUGGCUGCCUGCAAUGCCACCGUGGGAGGAAUUGCCCCCUCUCCGUCGUCGUCGGCGGCGGGCGGGUUUCUUGAGGAGCAGUACGUGGACCAGAUGAUCGAGGAGCUUGUAGACUCCAACUUCUCCAUGGAGAUCCCCCGCGAGGUGGCCUGAGCGCCCGCGGCGAGGUGGCCGAGACUGGCCGGUGUGCUCUUGCAGAAUGUUGUAUAAACCCAGGCAACCAAACAACGAAUUUGCUAACCAAGCUUAGCUUAGAUAGGUGAACCAAACAAUAGUAGGUUGUGUUGCUAGAGCCAGGUUUAAACUAGCCUGGCCUAAAAUUUAACCUAGGCUAGGCUAGCCCAAGUAGCCAAACACACCCUAUGUAUGUCCUGUAUGUCCCGUGUCUGUCAAGUUCAAUUUCUACGACUAUAGUCGGACUGCACAAUGCACGCAAACUGUAUCGAUUAUUUUUUUAUAUGAUGAACGCGUAUUGCGUGGUAAAUUUUUGGAUU